AUGCGCAUGGGACCCGGGUUACAGCACUUCAUCCUCCAAGCCGAGCUGCUAAGCGCUUACCGCGCCGCUGUGCGCGCUACAAGGCCCCUUCCCGACCCCCAGACACGGCGGGAAACACUCGACUGGUUACGUUCUGAUAUCGAGCGCCUCCGCGGAGAGAUGGACGACGACGUUAUUCGCUCCAACCUCCAAACGUUCCAGCGCAACCUCAAGACGUUUGGGCCCAGCCUCAGUAUCUCGGGACUGAGCGGGAUAGGAGCAAAGCUCAUCGGCCAGAAGCGCUAA